AUGUCCUCCCAACCCAUUGCUAUCAUUGGAGCCGGCUGUCGUUUUCCAGGGGAUGUUGACUCGCCGUCAAAGCUUUGGAAUUUACUGAAGCAACCGAGAGACUUGCUCUCUGAAAUCCCUCCAGAGCGUUACAACGUCAACGCUUUCUACCACCCAGACGGAAAACACCACAACGCUACUAAUGUCAGGCACUCCUACUUUCUCGGCGAGAAUCCUCGCGCCUGGGAUGCCAACUUCUUUGCUAUUAAGCCUCAGGAAGCAGAAUGCAUGGACCCUCAGCACAGACUCACGUUAGAGGUCGUCUAUGAGGCUCUUUGCAAUGCCGGUCUUCGAAUGGAAGAUCUCCAGGGGUCAUCAACUGCGGCGUACGUUGGGUUGAUGUCUUCUGAUUAUACCGAUAUUAUCCAGCACGAUCUAAAAAUGGCCCCACAACUUUUUGGUGUAGGCGUUGCAAACAGUUUGGCCUCAAACCGUAUCUCUUACUUCUUUGACUGGCAUGGCCCGAGCGUAACUCUUGACACAGCCUGUAGCGGUAGUUUGGUGGCGGUUCAUCAUGCUGCUCGGGCUCUGAGAAAUGGAGACUGCUCGGUUGCAGUUGCAGCCGGAUCAAAUCUUCUUCUAGGACCUAAGCUUUAUAUUGCCGAAAGCAAGCUGAGCAUGUUGUCACCUACCGGCCGCUCACGUAUGUGGGACGCAGCUGCUGAUGGCUACGGUCGUGGUGAAGGGAUUGGAGCAGUAAUACUCAAGACGCUCGAUCAGGCUCUGAAAGAUGGAGACAAGAUUGACUGUAUCAUCCGAGAAACCGGAGUCAAUCAGGACGGUCGUACUCUGGGGAUUACCAUGCCCAGCAACCUUGCACAGGAAGCUCUGAUCAGGGAGACAUAUCGUCGAGCUGGACUUGAUCCUUCUAAUCCAACCGAUAGAUGCCAAUAUUUUGAGGCGCAUGGAACCGGAACGCCCGCAGGUGACCCUCAGGAAUCUCAGGCUAUAAGCCGAGCUUUUUUUGGUGAUCGCGCUCGCGGCAAGAACGAAGAGCCCCUUUAUGUGGGUAGCAUCAAGACCAUCAUCGGCCAUACAGAAGGGACAGCAGGUAUAGCCGGCCUCCUGAAAGCUUCUUUAGCCGUUCAAAAUGGAUUGAUUCCGCCAAACAUGCUGUUUGAAAAGAUAAGUCCCAGAGUUGCACCUUACUAUAACGAUUUAAAGAUCGUUACUGGCGAGUGCCUCCCAUGGCCGUCUCUGCCAAAUGGUGUUCCCCGUCGAGCAAGUGUUAACUCAUUUGGAUACGGAGGAACGAACUGCCACGUGAUUGUUGAACAGUUCAUAGAUCCACGAAGCAGCCCUUUAGUAGGCCGGCCUCUCAUUUCCGCCGUGCCAUUGACAAUCUCUGCCAACUCUGAAGUUUCGUUGUGUGAUUCGAUAGAGAGACUCCUGGUUUACCUUCGUGAGCACCCGCAAACAUCCAUCCGAGAUGUUACCUGGACGUUGUAUGAGAAACGCUCCGUACUGCCAUUUCGUAUAGCAGUUCCUGCUCGCGACCCUUCAGAAGCAUGCAGAAAUCUGGAGCGAAAACUUGAAGAACUGAAAUCAAAUGGAAACGCAAAAAAUGUGACCAAAACAAUAGUAACUAAAACCAAGCCCCGUGUGCUCGGUAUAUUUACAGGUCAAGGUGCACAGUGGGCAGGCAUGGGCAAAAUGUUGUUGCAGCAUUCAGAGUAUGCACGAGAAAUUAUUGAUGAACUUGACGAUGCACUCAGAAGUCUACCAACAGAAGAUAGACCAACAUGGACGCUUCUUGGUGAAUUGCAGAAAGACAAGGAUGAGUCGCGUGUCUACAACGCCGAGUUUUCUCAACCAUUGUGCGCAGCUGUCCAAAUACUCCUGGUGAAACUUCUGAGAAUCGCUGGGGUGAAUUUCACCACUGUUGUUGGUCACAGCUCUGGCGAGAUUGGAUGUGCCUUUGCUUCUGGAAGCUUGACUGCAUCUCAAGCAAUUAAAGUAGCUUACUUUCGUGGGCGCGUCCUAGAUGAAGCCGAAAGCCCUUCAGGUGCCCCGGGUGCUAUGAUGGCGAUAGGGUCCAGCUUGGAAGAUGCUCGUGCUUUGUGUUUUUCAGAGCAAUUUGCCGGUCGCAUUUGUGUGGCAGCCAGCAACGGCCCUGAUAGCGUUACUCUUUCUGGCGAUUUGAAUGCCAUUGAGGAAGCAAAAGCAGUUCUUGAUAGUGUGCACAAGUUUGCUAGAAUUUUGCGAGUUGACAGAGCAUACCACUCACAUCACAUGAAGCCAUGUGCAAGGACUUACAUCAAAAGUUUGAGGCCUUAUUUCCGGGUUCCUGCAGGCCGUAGUCAGUGCAAUUGGAUAUCUUCUGUUCGCCCGCCACACCGGAUGACAUCAAAUGAAGCCAAUCCUGAGUACUGGAAGGACAAUUUGGUAUCUCCAGUUCUGUUUUCUGAAGCCGUUGAGGCUGCCCUCAGCUCGGAGACAGUGCCAUUUGACGUGAUUAUUGAGGUCGGACCACAUCCGGCACUCAAGGGUCCUUGUUUAAGUACUGUCCAAAGUGCUACUGGGAAAGAACUCCCGUAUACCGGCUGUAUGGAGAGGAACGAAAAUGAUUGGACUUCGUUGAUUUCCGCCUUUGGGUUCUUGUGGGAGCGAUUCGGUUCGAACGCUACGAAUCCAUCGUUACUUGACAGUGUCGUAUUUGGUGAUGGAAAUUUACCAGCGCCGAACAUGGUAAAUGACCUUCCAAUGUAUCCUUGGGAUCAUCGACGGCUGUACUAUACAGAGAGUAGAUUAUUACACAACUAUCUCUACGCGAAUGACAAGUUUCAGCACCCAUUCCUUGGAACUCUAGACACCAACGCGACUACGGAUUCAUGGAAAUGGCAUAAUGUUCUACUUCCCCGAGAAAUGAGUUGGCUGGAUGGUCAUCGACUUCAAGGACUCACGGUCCUUCCUGGAGCAUUCUACGUUGUUAUGGCUAUGGAGGCUGCGCUACUGAUGAUUCCAGCAAAGAAACCUGUUUCUUUGAUGGAGGUUCGAGGACUAGAACUCGGAAAAGCUAUAACAUUUGACGGUGAGGAUGAUGCCGCUGAGGUAACGUUUAAGAUGGACGUCAUAUCUCCAAUUCCUGAUGGUGAUGGCUUAUUUGAAUUGGCCUUCCAAUGUGAUUCGUGUCUGUCUAAGGAACGUGCUCUGUCUUGGUCAGCUAGGGGGAAGCUACUUGUCAUGCUGGGUUCCGAAUCUGCUUUCGAGCUUGCUCCUCCCGCCAAAGAGCCUCCUCAUUUGAUGGAGACUUCACCGGAUAUGUUCUACAAGGCUCAACAGGAGUUAGGCUUUGGUUACACCGGUCACUUCCGAGGGUUGGACUCAAUUCGAAGGGCCACCGGUCAUUCCCGUGGGACCAUGAAGGUAGCUCCUCCCUUCGACGAGAACACAUCGCAGAAAUGGAUCAUCCACCCCGCAACGCUCGACCUUGCUCUACAGGCUCCUUAUGUCGCAUAUCACGCUCCGAAGGAUGGUAGAGUGCAGUCUCUCUAUAUUCCUGUCAUAAUUGAACGCAUUGCAUUGAACCCCUUUAUUGCUCGGUCGAUAACGGGCGGUAGCAUCGACUUUGCAGCGGAUAACAUCGAUGGCAAAUCUGCAGAUGUCUGCCUAUCCGUUGACGGUAACACGGUUGUUCAAAUCGAAGGGUUGAAAUCUCGCUCGUUUUCCGAUAAGUCUGAGGCAGAGGAUAGGGCAAUGUUCUCUGAAGUGGUAUGGAAACAUUGGCCUCCUACCCCAAUUACUGGAGUCGACUCUGUCUCAGAAGAGGAGAAGAAUGUCGGCAUAGCAGCAGAGAGAAUGGUCUAUUACUGCAUUAAAAAUCUGAUGUUGCAUCUGUCCGAAAAUGAUAAACAAGAAGCGCUCACAGAUCAUCAACAUAUCUUCGACUGGGCAGAACGUGUUCUGACUCUCGUUGCAGCCGGAGAGCAUCCCUUCUACCAAGCAGCUUGGGAUACGGAUACACCCAGAGAUAUCGAGCAAUUGAUAGCACAUUAUCCUUCGUCAACGGAACUCAAAAUCAUCAACAGAAUUGGCGAAAAUUUGUCCGCAGCCAUCUUUGAUGACGCAGAUAUGCAUGGAAUAUUGACCGAAGACGAGCUCUUGAGAAGCUUGCUGGAUUCGAAAUCUUAUACAGCUAGUUACAAACAUUUGGGAGAAAUGGUUUCUUCUUUGACACAUCGCUAUCCCGACAUUGAGGUGCUUGAAAUCGGGGCUGGUACCGGCAAGGCUACACGCCAUGUUCUACAGAAUCUGGCAUCGGUCUACAAGGGCUACACAUUCACCGACAUCAACCCGGAAAUAAUCAAACAAGCGGAAGAGGGAUUUUCCAAAACAACAAGCCGUAUGACAUUUCGCACAUUGGAUAUCAGUUCCAGCCCUGAAUCUCAAGGUUUCAAACCGCAUACAUAUGAUCUAGUGAUUGCGGCAAAUGUUUUCUCUGCUACUAAUAAUAUCUCCGAAGCUCUCAGCAACGCACGGAGUCUAUUAAAACCAGGAGGCUAUCUGUUGGUAGUCGAAAUUACUAACACCAGACAAACUCGGCUUGAUUUUAUCUUUGGAGCUUUGCCUGGUUGGUGGAAAUCUACUAGCGAGGAACGAGGCCCGUCACCCAUCAUUCCAUGGUCCUCUUGGGAUUCUCUCUUGCGUGAACAUGAUUUCUCCGGAAUAGAGUACCACUCACCACUGGCUGAUAGCGACUUGCGAGCUUCCGAUCUCGUGGUAUCUCGCUACAUGAAUGACAAGAUGAAUGUACUUGAACAACCCUUGUCUCCAGCUCUCCGAGAGCUGGGCUCGUGGCUGUCUGACACACCUAUCACGGUUAUAGGAGGUGCUACUAAAACAUCUUGUCAAGUUCUGGAAGAUGUGAAACGCUCACUGCCGAGACGUUCGAUUCGAUCAUACCAGACUAUCAAAGAUCUCCCUCAAGAGAAUAAAGGGUCGUACGUCAUUUUGUCGGAACUAGACAGCCCCUUAUUUGCUUCUUUGGAGGAAGAGACUCUUAAUACUUUGAAGAACUUAUUCGCAUCUGCUCGGACCAUUCUAUGGAUUACGACUGGCGCUUACACGGAGGAACCAUAUCAAGCCAUGAUCGUUGGCUUUACCCGAACCCUGAGACAGGAAUAUCCCGAGGUCUGCCUGCAGAUACUAGACUUCCACGAUACUUCUGAUAUCUCUGGGAAGGAAGUAGCUGCUAGUCUUUUGAGAUUGGAAACGGCUCCUGACUUACGGCCGACUGAUUUGUUGUGGACGACUGAGCCAGAGAUUCGCCUGAAAGGAGGUAGCAAGUAUUUUCCUCGAGUAAAGGCAGACAUUCCCCGAAACCUACGUUACAACUCCCGUAAUCGUCGUAUACUAGAGCAGACACCUCUUGACAGCAAGAUUGUUAGUAUCGUUCCAGGACUUGAAGGAGCAGAAUAUCACUUUCAGGCAUCAAGUGGCAUCCCAGAAUCCUCAGAUGAUUCUAGUCAGUCCGACUCGGUCCUAGUGGAAGUCCGGCAUUCCUUGUUACAGGCUGUAUCUGUUGGGCACUCUGGAUUUCUAUAUAUUGUCCAUGGAAAGAUCUUGGGUACGAAAACAGAUGUUAUUGCUCUGAGUGAAUCACACUCCUCAAUUGUGAAAGUUCCUGCUCGGUGGACUUUGCCUUGUUCCCCCGAGAGGCCAGUCGAUUUUCUUUCUGCUCUAGCAGCUAAUAUGAUGGCAUCCCUUAUCUUGGUCAAUGUGCCAUCAAAAAGAACUAUUAUCGUCAACGACCCAUUCGACUCUCUCAUCGGACCGCUUAUCAAAGAAGCCGCUGAGCGCAAUGUGAAUUUGAAGCUGACAACGACUGACAAAACGCGACUUGUCGAGAACAGCAAUGCCAACUGGAUUUUGCUUCACCCUCGUCCAACACAGAGUAUGAUUAAUCGUACUUUUGGCAUCAACGUGCACUCUUUCUGGAACCUAUCAACCAUGCAAGGUCCCGACGACGUGGGUAAUAAGUUGGCUGCAUCCCUUCCCGUGGAUUGCUUCAAGCGCACUCGUUCCGAUUUACUACGGCCACUCAGUAGCUUCAAUGGCGAGGAGACUAUACUUCAAGGGCUACUCAAAACUACGGCAGCCAGUGUCAACAUCAAAGAAGUCCGUCCUUGCCAGCCCAUCAGUGUGUUAAGCAUCACGGAAGACUCAAAUCAACUCGAUGAUUUUACCUUGCUAGAUUGGACGACGGUUACUUCUCUACCCACGCUAGUCCAGCCGAUUGAUUCAACCGAUCUAUUCACAGACCAGAAGACUUAUGUUCUUUUCGGCCUUACUGGUGAUCUUGGCCGCGGACUGUGCCGCUGGAUGGUUCGACAGGGCGCUCGGUACAUUGUUCUCGCGAGUCGAAAUCCUAAAAUUGACCCAGCCUGGCUCGAUAUGAUGAAAGACGAAGGAGCCACUGUACAAACGCAAUCUAUCGAUGUGAGUGAUCGCAAUUCUUUGCGAACAGCGUUGGAUAACAUCCAAGCGACUUUACCUCCUAUCGCAGGUAUCGCCCAUGCACCCAUGGUACUGCAAGAUGCUCUCUUCGAGAACAUGGACUAUGAGUCGAUGCAAGUGGUCCUCGAAGCCAAGGUCAAAGGUGCGAUCCAUCUGAACGAAUACUUCGAUCAUCAACGGCCUCUUGAUUUCUUCAUCUGCUUCUCUUCGCUUGCCGCUAUCGCUGGAAAUAGCGGCCAGAGUAAUUACACUGCGGCCAACAAUUUCCUGUCUACACUAACCGCACAGCGAAGGCGUAGAGGACUCGCUGGGUCUUGCAUCGCGCUCAGUGCCGUUUAUGGGAUCGGUUACGUUGCCAAAGCCGCACGCGAAUCGGACUACGAACUCAACCCUUACACAUUUGUCCCCAUAGGUGAGCAGGAUGUUGAUGAGCUAUUUGCCGAAGCAGUUGUCGCAGGCAAGCCUCAGCCAGACGGGGAACCAGUGGAGAUUAUUACCGGAAUCCCAUAUCUAGAAUACAAGAAUCGUGAACAUAUUACCCAUUUUGACGACCCGCGAGUUUCGUUCUGGCGACUACCUAAUGAAGAAAGUCGAUCUGAUCAUUCUUCAUCUCAUGGAUUUUUGUCAUUACGCGAUAAAUUGUUGGUGACCACGGAUUCGGAUGGCGCAUUUGCGGUGUUGAAGGAUGCUCUGGUCGGAAAGUUAAGAUCUACUUUGAGACUCGCGAGUAACGAGCCUGUGGAUGAAGACGGACCACUAAUUGACCAGGGAGUAGACUCCUUGGUCGCUGUCACUUUGCGUACAUGGUUUUCCAAGGAACUCGGGGCAGACGUUCCCGUUCUCCGAAUUAUCGGCGGUGCCUCCCUUUCUGAGCUUGCCCAGAGCGUAUUGGAGAAGCUGGACCCGGCGAUGUUGCCACUAGUAUUAGAGCAAACGGCAGAAGAUGAUGAUACGCAGUCCUCAACAGAAUCAAGCAAGAGUGAUGAUGCCUCCUCCAACCGGCUGGUCCCGACUCCCCUAACGCCUCCAGAAGACGACGAUCUUGACGCAAAGGAUACCGAAGACUACAUUAGCUUUCAACCCUCAAUUACAGCAGACUCGUUUCCUCUUGAAGUGACUGCAUCAAAUGAAAGCAUUCUCGCCCGUGCCCAGAGUCAAGUGCAUGAAGCAAAGAUGUCUUACAACCAAGCUCGGUUUUGGGCAAUGAGAUCCCUUGUUCCGGAUGAGAGUUUCUUCACGGUAGCAAUAGGCCUUUGGAUCGUGGACAGUUUGAGAGUAGACAAACUACGUGCUGCUGUGGGAACCAUCACUCAAAGACACGAAAUCUUUCGUACUCGAUUCUGCGACAGCGAAGACGGUGUCCCGUUGCAGAUCAUUUCGCCCACGUCGUCUAUCCAAUUAGAGGAGAUCGAGUGCACAGAUAAAUCGGCUGCCUCUGAAGGAUUUAGAGAUAUAUGUCGCCGCCGUUUUGACCCGGCGUCGGGAGACACUGCAUGCUUUGUUCUUUUCAACUGGGGAGCAAAGGAGAGUCUUCUCGCAAUUGCGUAUCACCACAUCCUUCUAGAUGGAGCUAGUUUUGAUCUGCUUUUCAACGAGCUGAAUUCAAUACACCAAGGUUUGAGGAAUCUACCUGAGCCAUUCCAGUAUGUGGAGUUUUCAGAACGGCAGCGAGCGGACAUGGAGGAGGGCAAGAUGGCUGAAGACAUGACCUAUUGGAGAAACGAGUACCAAACAUUACCUCCUCCACUUUCUCUGUUGCCCGUAGCCCAGUCUUCAUCCAGGAAGGAACUUCUAUCAUACGAUCAACACGAGGCGACUGUGCAACUACCCCCGUUGUUGGCGACUCGAAUUAAAGAUCAAAGUCGAAAACACAAAGCAAACCCUGUCCACUUCUACAUGGCUGCACUUAAUGUCAUGCUGGCCCGAUUUACGACAACUGACGAUGUAUGCAUUGGAGAGCAGAGCUUUGGAGAGAUGGUCACCCAAUGUCGAACUAAGAUACGUGAGGCAGUUGCUCAUAACCGAUUGCCCUUUGAUGAGCUGGUACAGAUGCUCAAUGUUCCUCGGAGCUCCCAUCAUACCCCUUUGUUCCAGGCUUUCCUAGACUACAGACAAGGACGUGCCGAUCCCAGACGAGACCCAGAAAUGAUGAAGCCCGGAAUGCUACAAAUUGCUGGGAUCGAGACGUCUCGCAGCAGGACGGCGUAUGACAUAUCCUUAGAAGUGAAUGAUGAACCUCUGGGAACGACUAUUCGGAUGAAAACUCAAAAAUCGUCAUACCCUCCAGAGGCGGCUUCGUUGCUUCUCAACAGCUUCGUGAAUCUUCUGUCAACAUUCUCGCGGAACCCGGCUCUAUCAAUGGGGGGCGUAAGGAUGUUUUCGAAAAGUGAAGUUGACAAGGCUGUGAAAGUUGGUCAAGGCGAAAUACGAGAAACGCCAUCUCCAUCUUUGAUGCACAGUAUUCGCUCGUACUGUCAAACCACACCUGACAAUUUGGCCCUAGAGGGCUGUGAAAUGUCUCUAUCGUACGCCGAGAUGGCUUCUCGUAUUGAUGGAAUAUCGACCACUCUUCUUGUCAGCGGAGUUGAAAAGGGAAAUCACGUCGUAAUUCUUCAGCAUCCUACCCCUGACUGGGUCUGCUCAAUGCUAGCCAUCUUAAACAUUGGGGCUGUUUGUAUUCCGGUGGACCCGUCAUGGCCCACUGCCCGUCAAGAAUCAGUCAUAUGCUCUUCCGAGACUCGGGUUGUCCUCACAAGUGAUCCUGACCAGUCGAAGAAUGACUAUGGUUUCGUAACCAUUAACGUCUCUUCUAUACCAUCAAGUACCGAAUCCUGCCCGGAGCAGCCCUCAAUGGCUGGUUCUGCMCCCGCCGUUGUCCUUUACAGCUCCGGCACAACUGGUGCUCCGAAAGGUAUCGUCCUCACCCACGGAGGUAUUGCAGACCGAGUCGAAGUCAUGGAGAAACUGGGUCUGAUGCAACCACGAGUAUUGCAACAAAGCGCCAUAACCUUUGACCAUGCCUUGACUCAAGUCUUCCUCGGUUUGCGAUUUGGGGGUUCUGUCUACAUCGUACCCCGAGAAAUACGUCGAGAUUCCAAAGCCAUUACUCGUCUGAUUGUCGACAAGAAUAUCGAGUACACCAAAGCGACUCCAUCAGAGUAUAACAGCUGGCUGUGGGUAGGAGCCGACACUCUUCGGGAAGCGCGAAAUUGGAAGGUCGCAGGAAUCGGCGGCGAGGUCAUUUCCCGAUCGCUGCUCGAUAGUCUGAAAUCGCUGGAUCUAGCGCAGCUUCGCGUGUUUAGUGAUUAUGGCCCUGCCGAGGCAACCCUUUCCAGCUAUCGGAUUGAGCUACAAUACAAGUCCGAUUCGUCAACAGAGCAGCGAGUACCAUUGGGUCGUCAUUUGCCCAAUGUUUCCACUUAUAUUGUUGACGAAAGUCGGCAACCGGUACCUCUGGGUUGGCCGGGAGAAAUCCUCAUAGGAGGUCCCGGCAUCAGCACAGGAUACUUCAAACAACCAGAGUUGACAGCUCAGAAAUUUGUUCCGGACCAAUUUGCCAGCGCAAGGCACGCGGAACUCGGUUGGAAGACGGCGUUCUGCUCUGGCGACAGAGGUCGCAUGCGUGAGGAUGGAUCAUUGGUGUUUGAUGGCCGUAUAUCUUCUCAAAGUACGCAGGUUAAAUUGCGUGGAUUCAGGGUAGACCUGGCGGAUAUCGAACAAUCGAUACUAGACAGUGCCAACAGCCUUGUUACCUCGGUCGCCGUGACGCUUCGAGGAAAGGAACUUGAUCAGAAAUUCCUUGUUGGUCAUUUGGUUUUUGCCACGGGUCUAUCGGCUGAAAAACGAGAAUCGCUUUUACGGCGACUGCCAUACCAGCUCCCCGUACCUUCAUACAUGCGUCCUGCAAUGCUGUUUUCGCUUGAAGAGAUACCCAUGACAAGCCAUGGCAAAAUUGAUCGUGAGGCAAUCUCCCAGAUUUCCCUUCCAAAAUUGUCAUCUGUCGAGAGGUCUUCAUUAGCCGGGGAGAUGGGGAAUAUAUGGCUACUUUGGAGCCGUGUGUUACCACGUGAGGCAAUUUUGUCCCUCAAGCCAGUACGGGAGACUGAUUUCAUAUCGGCUGGCGGCAACUCUCUUCUCCUCGUCAAGUUACAAGCACUGAUACACCAAGAAAUGCAAGUGGAUAUACCGCUUGCUCGGCUUUUGGAGGACACAACGUUGGAAGGUAUGGCGACUGCAUGUGAGACGGCUGCUGCACUUUCUCUCGAAUCAAUUGACUGGGACAGCGAGCUCAAACUUGACAUUCAGCCAAUCCAACUUAUUGAUUCCGAGAGACGACCAAAGCAGGGAGAAGGUAUACACGUCGUAGUCACCGGUGCUUCCGGAUUCAUCGGGCGUCAUGUCCUGCAACAACUCAACGACAUGCAGAAUGUAUCUCGCAUCUCGUGCCUUGCCGUGCGUCAGAAAUCAUUUGAUAUGCUCCGCUCAAAGUCGCUUUCCAAAGUUGAGCUCUAUCAAGGUGACCUGACAAGUCCGUCCCUGGGUCUCUCAGCGGCAGAUCUCAAGGCUCUGAGUCAGGAUGCAGAUGUCAUCUUGCACUGUGGAAGCGAUCGAUCGUUCUGGAACCCCUACCGCUUACUUAGGGUAGCGAAUGUCAUCUCGACAAAGGAGCUCGUGCGUCUAGCAGCGCCAAGAAAGACCCCUAUCGUGUUCAUUUCUUCCGGAGCCAUUGAUGAUAUCCAUUCGGUUGCAGAUCUCUCUCGCCCAGAUGUCACUGGAUACCUUGCUAGCAAAUACAUUAAUGAGACAUUACUCAAACAGGCUCGGGAAAAACAUGAAAUUCCAGUGACGAUUAUUCGAAUGCUAGAUGGAGAUACUACAACAAAAAAAGAUGAUAUAGCGCAGAGUCCAAUCAAUAUCUUGGAAGUAACCGAAGCCAUAUGCCAAAUGGGACUACAGCUCGGUAAACGCUUUCAACACGAAGAUCUAUCCGCCGGAUCCUCAAUUUCAUUCGCCCGAGUCACAGAUUUGUCCAGCCUGAUCUGCAAGGAGAUACAACGACUAUGCGUGCAUUCAGCGGAAAACAAACAAAAUAACUCAGCAGUGCAUUAUCAUCACUAUGCCGAGUCGGCGUGUCUACAUGGAGAAGGGUGGGCCACUCUCUUCGGGGUUGGGAGCAAGAAUAGUGUACUCUAUCAGCAGUGGCAGAAAUUGCCCGUGAUACCAGCGACUACGUGGUUUGGUGAAGCGAAAAUGAACGGAUUUGAAUAUUCGAUUGCGUCACAGGUGGUUCAAAUUGGUGAUAUGGUGUCUCGGAGAUAG